AUGUCCAAGUCCUCCUCACGUCUAAUUGGACCCGAAGCAGCGGGGUCUAAGAGCCCCUGCUUGAGAAAAGAGCCGCAGAGUAAUCGCUCGUGCAUGCUGCGGAUUGGAGAGAGGCUGAUGAGGGCAGGCAGUGAGGGAAACCUGGUCCAGAGACCCAUACCAGUACAGAACCGGAGCCAGGCAUCUUCAGAUGGAUUAGUUCAAGAAUCGAAUGGACAGACACAACCUCAAACCCUGAACGACAAACACACUGAGCAUACCGGAAAGAACUCCAGCCAAGGAAACUCUCCGUCCAGAGUAUCUUCUUGUUUUUCUACUGCUGUGGAAAGCAGCACUGAGCGUCUGCUGCAGGAGAACCCACACACCAACAGCAGCCUGCUCUGUGACCCGGACUUCUCCUCUAGUUCAGCCCCACGCUCUGCCAACACCUUACCUCGGAGCUACAUCACUGCUGCUCGUGCCAGCAGCAGGGACAGUCAACUGCAUGGCCUGAUUAUGCAGCACUCUGACAUGGAGAGGAAAAAGGAGGUGUUCCUAGACCACCUGAGACAGAAGUAUCCUCACCAUGCUGCCAUUAUCAUGGGACACCAGGACCGCAUGAGGGAACAGGCGAGGAGUCCCCAACCCUCUGAAAGCCCCCCCUGUACACGUGUGCAGGGCUUAGCGGAGCAGCAGGACCCUCUGGCUUCAGAGACCAUGUCUGAUGGAGAUGGUGUGCCACCGACAGACCCCUUUACAAGGGGCUGUAAAACCAGAGCAAGUCUACCUGUGGGGUGGUCAAGAGGUCAGACAAGAGAGAGGCCACCAGGUGUGAUGUACCUUCAGUAUGGGGAGGAGACAAAGCAGAUCAGGAUGCCCGCUAAGAUCAGCAGUCAGGAUGCUCUGUGGGCUCUCUUUGUCACCACCUUCCCUCAUCAGCUCACCAUAAAGAUGCUGCAGUCUCCUAACAUGGCCAUCUACAUCAAAGACACCAGCCGCAACGUCUACUACGACCUGGAGGACAUCAGAAACAUCACAUCCCACUCCUGUCUGAAGGUUUAUCAUAAAGACCCUACACAUGUGGUCAACCGCCAUACCAGGCCUGAGGGAAGGGAAAUCUCGAAAGAGGUGUUGUAUGGCAGUCACAGUCCAGUCCACAUCCUGUCGUCAUCCAGCCGCAGCACCCUGCACAACCUGCAGGGCUCCAUGUCCCCACCCAUGGUCCGCUCCAUGCCCUCGUCUCCUUCGAGGAUGGUGUACGGUGGGAGCAUAGGGGGUAAGACAGGGAUGGGGGAUCCAGGCAGCGCCACGUUACCAAGGGAACGCUUGUCAGGGGAGGGGCGAUCCAGCUCACUCUGCUCCAGCACCAGUGCUAUACUGGAGAGGAGAGACGUCAAGCCUGAUGAGGACGUUGGCAGCAGUAAGAGCAUGUCCCUGGUGGUGCGUGGUGAAGGAGGACCACAUUACCCAGACUCCUACUGCUCCUCCCUGCAGGACGGAGGAGGAGGUCGCCUCAGCAUCGCCUCCUCCCAGUGUAGCACUCCUCCCUCUCUCCCUGCAGACAUGGUGGAUGCUGGAGUCACCGGGAUCCCAGGAGGGCUGCAGCAGUACCGGGCCUCUGUUAAACCUCUGAUGGGCUACGGAGAGAGCAUGGAGCACCAGACCCGCUCCCUCCACAGGCUGAAGAGCAGGAAGUAUGGAGACAGCCAGCUUCCUCCACUGGGAACCAAAACCCCGCCCCCUUCCCCUCACAGAGUCAAUGAAGUCAGGAUGAUUGACGGACAGAUCAUUGGGGGAAUGGGUCUGGUGUCUCCAGAGAGGAUGUCGCCGAUUCGCCGGUCCUUGAGGCGGGAAAGUAACGGAGCCCCAGUGGAGAUUGUAAACAGAAGCAGAGGAAGUGGCUCGUCGUCCUCUACCUCAUCUGUUUUUUUGGACACCCCUCUUGGACAACCAGAGAUCCUGUUCCAGGGUCAAAUGACCGCCAGCAAUGCUCAGAGUGAGAGAAUGAAAGCCAUGGAAGAGCAGAUAGCCAGUCUAGCAGGUCUGGUGCACAGUGCUCUGUCUAUGGGAGCAGAUAUUUCAGGAGUGAAGGACACGGUCAGUGAGAAUGCUGAACGCAAACUCCACAACAACAGACCUGGUGUGUCAUCUGAGCCCCACUUCUCUGCUGCUGUGAUUGACAGCAUCAGCCCCGCCCCUCUGGCUCUUCAGGCCCCUCCCUCUGACAGCGUGCUGCAGCAGAGCUUGGUGUUAGCAAAGAGAAAUGUGUGUGACCUGCGACUGCAACUCAACCAACUCAGACACUUACAGCUGUCAAACCAGGAGAGCGUGAGUUCAAUGCUGUGGAUGGCAGGUGAGGAGCUGGUGGUGCUGAUGUAUGAUCGGUUGGCUCACUGUGAGGAGGCAGCGUACAGACAGAGAGCUGAGAUAGAGGAGGAGAGGAUCCACUACCUGGCAACAGAGGAGAGGAUACUCACACAGCUCCAUGAACUGGAGGACUAUGUGGACCUUUUGCAACGUAACUCCACUUCCAGUCCCGAGCAGCUGUCAGUCACUCUAAGAGACGUGGAGGAUGGAGCAGUCAACCUGCGGAGGGUUGGAGAAGCUCUGGCCAUCCUUAAAAGUGAGUUUCCAGAGCUGCGGGUGAAGUUGCGCUCAGCGCUGAGGCUGGAGGUGGAGGCUGUGCGUUUCAUGAAGGAGGAGCCUCAUAAGAUGGACUCCAUGCUGAAGAGGGUCAAAGCCCUGACUGAAGCCCUCAGUGGUCUCCGCAGGUGCGUGUCAGAGUCAACCACCCCAGCCACAUCAGCCCAGGCUGAGGUCAGCCUGGUGGGCUCAGCCUCCCCCAUCAUGGCCAGCAGAAUGAACACAGCAGCCACAGUGAUCCAGCCCUCCCACCACCAGCCCAGCCCCCCACUGACACCCACCCAUGGACGAGACUCGCCCACUGUGGCCAAGGUGAGUCCUCGCAGUAGAGAGGGCAGCCCUGCCCUGCACAAGAGGCCGGGCCCUCUGCAGUCACCAACACAGGAGAGCCACACAGACCAGACCCCCAUGAUACACACACAGAGACAUACUGAGUCCAGCACCAGCAGAGCCAGCAGGCCUCCACCCCCCAACACCAACACAGACUUUGAUCAGGUCCUCGAGGAAGCCCAGGCCAGUCUGAUGGAGUCCAUUCCUGAUCUGAAUGUGUCAGUUUCCACAGAGGGUCGCUCUGAAUCUGCCUCAGGACAGAUAACUUCCAGUGAGCAGGACACAGCUCUGACCCUGCAAGGUCUAUGUGUCUCUGCUGCAGCCUCAGUGGAGCAGCAGGCCCUUCCGUCUGACUCCCAGGAAGACACACCUCCACAGCUGAGUGAUGAGGCUGACUCCACCCAGUUAAAACCCCCACACACAGCUCCAGCAGCAGCCUUGAAGAUUCCUGCAUCUGCUGUGAAGCCUCCGCCCUCGGCUCCUCAAUCAGCUUCUCUCCCAGCUGCUGCUUCAGCUCUUAAACCAGCUCCUCCCUCAACAUCUCCCAGCAUAGAGCGCAGCAGCCGGCCACAGGUGGAGAAACCCCGCCGCACCAGUGUGGACAAGGGGAUGAAGCAGAGUCCAGACAGGGUGGGAAAGUCUCCUCCUCCUCCUCCUCCCCCACGAAGGUUCCAUGCUGUCAGUUCAGGUCUAACCACUGGAAGUUCAGGAGAAGUGAUUUUCACCACCAAGAAAGAGCCGGUUGGAGCCCAGGAUGAGGGUGAGAAAGAGAAAAAGCUGCCUGUGGUUCCUCAGCCCAAACCCCCAAGACAGCCACCGGAGCUCAAACCCAAACCUCAGAUGUGUGCUCCUGCCCCUCUGGCUGGUUCCAGCUCCACCUUUACUACAGCCUCAGCACACAGGGAGGAUGAGGAGGAAGAGGAGGAAGACAACAAAUUCAUGAAAGAGCUGCAGGUGACUACAGAACUGUCAAAUAAUUAUUUAUCAGUUGGAAAUAAGCAAUGGAAAGGAGAGGUCAGGACAUCUCCUACAUCACAGGUGGCCAAUCAGAAACCUUCAGAGUUAGCAACAUCUGACCACCAGUCAGCUCCUCAGAUGGGAAUUACAGAUGGCUGCCCUCAUAAACUCAUAACAGCAGUUGGACUGGAAGAACUAAUUGAAGUUAGUAAAGACAAUGUGCAUUCUAAAAAGAAAGAACAGGAGAAUUUGUUUAAACAAGUGCCUUCCUUAAACUGUGCAACACUAGAGAAGGUGGAGCUAACCCCACCUGUAGCUUUACACAAUAUGCAGGCUGUCCAGAAGAAUGAGGAGGUACCAACACCCACCCAAAAGAAAACAGAGAAGAUGGAAGCACUUACAGCUUUAACUUCAACAAAAGAAAAUGAUCUCACUGUGAAAAUUCCUGAUCAGAUUAACAAGGAGGUUGUUGGACAGGUGUGCUCCCCAACCACAGCAGAAAAGAAGGUCAAGUUUACAACCAUUGUUACUUUACAAAAAGAAAACAUUCAAGCUAAUGACAUCACAAGUCCUGACCACACAAAUGAACAAUUUGUCAAAGAGGUACCAGCUGAGAAGAAGUCAAAUAUGAUAGUAGUAACUUUACAGAAAGAAAACUCCUCAGACGAUUGCUUGAUAGGGUUCCACCAGGAUACAUCCCUGAGUUUAGAUCAGGAGUGUGUAGCUUCUUCUCCUGUCAUAAAACUUUCACCCAGCUUGACUCACAGCCACAGCAGCAAUCAGCAGAACCGGGAGGCAACAGUGCAGGUAUCCCGGGACCAAUCACAAUACACAGAAGAAGGAGGUAGCCUCAGCCCCGAUAUUUGGGACAAUGAGGGACCUCCUCCUCCACCACCUCCAACUGGUAAAAUCAGCCUUAGAAUCUCCAAGACCAGGAGUCCAAGAGUCAGGAAGACGUCCAAAGAGGAAGACUUGGGUGGCUCUGACAUACAGACUGUAGCUGGGGACAGCACCGGCGAACCCACAUAUCUGGUAUAUGAGAACCAAGGUUUCGAGGACAGUGAUGACUCUUAUAAGAAACCUAUUAUUGUUAUCUUGAAUGAGCCUAUGGACAUUCAGUCAGCCUACAAGCGUCUGUCUACCAUCUUUGAAUGUGAGGAAAGUCUUGAUGGUAUUCUCUGUCCAGAAAAUAUUGUGGAUGAAGAAGAGACAAAGCAGGAAAAAGAGAAACAGGACAUGAGAAAGAUUUGCAUCAGUGAAAUAAAUACAGGCUUAGACCUUAAAGACAUCACAGGAAAUAGUCAGAAUUCUCUACAUAUGCAACAUCAAAGGCCUUCAGCAGAUAAUUGCUCAAUUCCUGAACACCAGGACCAGGGUAAACAAGACUUUCUGAGAAAGCCAGAGACCAAAAGGAAGUUCAAAUUUAAGUUCUCCAAAAACAUACUGGCUGCAAUUAGCCAGACCAUUCGAGCAGGGACAACCAAAACAGGAAAGAAGACUCUCGAGGUUGUUGUCUAUGAAGAAGAGGAGGAGAUAGUAUUGGACAGCAGGCCAGUGACCAAGAAGCAGACAAAGCAAUCCAAGAGGUUUGAGACCAUCAGUUCCAAACAAUUCAACAAGUCACAUAGCCGGGCAGAGAAGCUCUGCAAGAGUACGUUUGACUCUAUUGACAGUCUAGAAGAGUCCAUUAAACAGUUGGAAAUCAGUGUGGACAGUAUGUCUGCUCCUUCUUCCCCCUCCAGCAUUGUGUCUUCGCCUCCUCAGUCCCCUGAUUCUUCCUUUGACUCCACUGACAGAGCUCAUCUUAAAGGCAAAGUAAAACGAGAAAGGGAGAGAAGCCCGUCAAAGAGGCCAGCCCCUCAGACCCUGAAGGGCCCAAAUCCAACUCAGAGUAAGAGGGCCAAACCACAGCCUCCACACGACACAAGAAAAACCUCCACCAAGAAACAGACCUCCAGCACCAGCACCAGCUCUUCUGCUGAACGAUCCCACACCAAGUCUCGCAACUUGUCCUCCUCUGGCCCACCAGAGAAGACACCUAAGGGCCAGAAGCAGCCCAGCCAGGCUGACAGCAGAAGCAGAAAAGCAUCCGGGGAUAGUAAGCCUUGUGUCGUUACUUUGCGUGCCUCUAAGAUCCCUGCCUUGAGCUCUGGGAAAUCCCCGUCUGCCUCUCUGUCCACUCCUCACUGCUCAGAUGCAACCGAUAGCUUCCUCUCCUCCUCUUGCUCCUCCUCUGCUUCUUCACCUUCAGCUUUUUCCACCUCCUCCUCCGGGAGACACUCUCUUCUGUCUCCUCCUUCAAAGUGUCCGUCUUCUCCUUCCUCGGCCCAGUCUUCCAAACAACAGGCUUUCUUGUGUCCCCUCUCCUCUUCCACCUUGGUGAAAAACUCCUCCUCCGUUUCUCUGUCAGACUCCACACCUCGCUCCCCCUCUCCAUCCUUGCCUUCAUUUUAUUUCUCCUCUUCUCCUCACAAGUCUUUUAUCCCGUCUCUGAAUUUAAGUCGUCUCCUCCCCUCGUCUAGCCACGUCCUGUCGCCAUCCCACGCUAACGUCAGCCUGUCCCAACGCGGGCCUCGCAGCAGCAAACUCCACCACCACCUCAUCCUCACCUCCACCUCCGGCACCACCUCAAUAUCCACCUCCAGCACCACCUCCCAACACAGCUACUACUCUUCCUCCUCCUACUCUUCAUCCUCGCCCUCCUCCACUUCAUCUUCCUCCUCCCCUCCCUCCCCGUCCUCCUCCGUCCUCCCCACCAUGGUGAGUCCUGGGGCGAGGAGUGUCCCAAUUUCAGCGUCCAACACCAGAAGAAACGCACCUGAAGCCAAGCUGGCCGAGUCCUGA